UUUUGUCCGUCCCUCCUUCCAGAUGCACAGGUGGACAUUUUCGGCUCAGAUGUCCAUUUCAGCCGGAGAGGGACUUUCUUUAUAAAUUUGUUGUACUUUUUAUUUUAUUUUUUAUUUUGUAGGUAGUUUUUCAGUUUUCUGUUGUUUAAUAGUUAACUCAGGGUUAAGCUUGUUGCUGGGCCUGCAGGUUCACUCCAGGAAGCGGACUUCGGGUCCAUCAACUGAAACUAAGAGGAGGAAUUAAAAAGGACAGUUUGGGACCUUUUUAAAUAUUUUUUUUAAAGCAAGCUGAGGAGUGAAACAAGAUACGGCCCUAUUAUGAUUAAACCGUUUGAGGCAGAUCAGUUCCUGCCAGCGUCGGACAACAAAAAGCUAGAGAAAAAAAAGCGUCCUGUAAAGACGGGCAUUGUGAUCGGUGUGGUGAUCUUACUAGUGGUCAUUGCUCUGGUGACUGGGUUGCUGAUCUGGCAUUUCAGCUCCUGUUCAAAUCAGUUCCCUUGCAACAAUCAGCGGUGCGUCAGCCGAAACCUCACAUGUGACGGCCGGGAUGACUGCGGAGACGGGAGUGAUGAGACAAACUGCAACUGUGGGAAGAAAAAAAUCUCUUUGAGUAACCGUAUUGUGGGUGGAAAGGAGACGGAUGAAGGAGAGUUUCCAUGGCAAGUCAGCCUCCAGUUCAAAGGUCUCGGAGCUGUCUGCGGAGCGUCCCUCAUCAGUGAGACAUGGCUGGUCACUGCUGCCCACUGUGUGCAAGAUGACGGACAAAACAAAAUGUCAGAUGCUACGGGUUGGGAUGUUUACCUCGGCCUUCAUGACCAGCAGAAGACCUGGUAUCCUGUCGUGAGGAACAGCCUGAAGCGGAUCAUAUCUCACCCUAGUUACAGCCACACCACCAAUGACAAUGACAUCGCCCUGAUGGAGCUCGACAGUCCCGUCAGCUACUCUAACUACAUCCAGCCCAUCUGCUUACCAGACGCCCAACAAAACUUUCCGGCCGGUCACAAUGUGUGGGUCACAGGAUGGGGACUAACAAGAGAGGGAGGAAUAGCUGCAAAUAAACUUCAGAAAGCUUCGGUGCAAAUCAUUAGCAGAUCUGAGUGUAACACUUUAAUGGGAGGUCAAAUCACAUCACGGAUGCUUUGUGCUGGAGUACUUGCGGGAGGAGUGGAUGCUUGUCAGGGAGAUUCUGGUGGACCUCUGUCCAGCCCAGAAAACGGUCGUAUGUUCCUGGCAGGAGUGGUGAGUUGGGGGGAUGGAUGCGCUCUCAAGAACAGGCCAGGCGUCUACACGACAGUCUCAGACUUUCGUGGCUGGAUCAAAGAGAUGACGGGAGUCUAGUUCACUGCAACGAUAUCGGACAAAAUAAUUAAAGCUAUAAACUACUGACUUGGAUUAUUGUAUAAGUAAAACUCCAGUCUGACCACCCAUCCUGCGGAUUCAGUGAACAUUACUUGUGGUUGUAUCAUUGGUGGCGUAGACAUUUUUUGCUUUUACAGCAAGUGUAUGCCUUUUAAGCUAACUGUGAUCAUUUUUUAUGAAGGUGGCGAUUGGUUAAAGGAGCAAUAAGUAAGAAAUUUACUUUAAAAUCAACCUUAAUCGUUUUAAUUUCUCACCUGGGAUUGUAGUAACACUCCCUAUAAACAAUCAGUCCUCUCCAUCAACAGUGUCUUAGUCACUUUUUUUCUUCUUUCAAAUGUAGAGAUACGGUGUGGAACUACUUUGGUUGAGAGUGUAGCCCGUGUUUACUUCCUGGUUCCUGAGCCAAUUAUAUAAGAGUUCCCAUGGUUUCCAGAACAGAGCACAGCAUUUGGUAUUUUAUUUUGGCAAAAGAGUAGCAUCCUGCAGACAUGGAAGCCAGUAAGAAAAGAGGACAGGAAGUAAAAAAGAAUAUAUAAUAGACCUGUCCAGUGAAAGUAAAACUUAUGUGGGCUUUCACAGCAGAAAACAGCAGGAAAUGUGUGUGUGUUCCGAUUUGAAACACUAUGUGUCAUUAUUACUUAUCGCUCCUUUAACUGUUUUGUACGCAAAUAAAUAUUUUAUUGUUUUUUUUUUGUUUUUUUUUUACUAUGCUUCAGAGAAGCAUUGUACAUAGUCUUUAGGCACUGUUGUUACACAAAUGUACGUAUGAGAGCAGGUUUUAUGAAUAGUGUAAAUAAAAGCUGAUUGAGCUCUCGCUCAUUUGAUCUUUCCCCCUAUGUAUUGGUUAUUGAAGGUUUCACAGAAAUUCCAAGAAAAUCUCUAAUUUGUACUCUUUCGAUUGUUUCCAUCAUGUGAUAUUUUAAUUCUAGAGAAAUAUACAAAUUUUUAUUAGCUUGAAAAUUGUAAAGGUCAUCUAACAGUUCCUGCAUUCUAACUAUGACUUUAAAUGUGUUUUUAAUAUCAGAUGUCUUAUAAUAAAUUUUGA